AUGCCGCUUUUAGACUCACUCUCAUUUGCCGCUUUAUUUUUUUACUCACGCUCGGUGUGCCAUUUCACUCGUGUAUUUAUGCCGCUUUUAGACUCACUCUCAUUUGCCGCUAUUUUUUACUCACGCUCAGUUAUUGCUGCCAUUUCACUCGUGUUAUACCCUUUUUCCUCUCAUUGCCACUAUUUUUUACUCACGCUCAUUGCUGCCAUUUUUCACUCGUGUGUUAUACCGCGCAGAGCUCACUCUCAUUUGCCGCUAUUUUUUUUUACUCGCUGUAUUGCUGCCAUUUCACCGUAUUAUUUAUGCCGCUUGCAGACUCACUCUCAUUUGCCGCUAUUUUUUACUCACGCCAUUUCCACUCGUGUAUUGCUGCCAUUUUUCACUCGUGUAUUUAUGCCGCUUUUAAACUCACUCUCAUUUGCCGCUAUUUUUUUUUACUCACGCUCAAUUGUAUUGCUGCCCAUUUCACUCUCUCGUGUAUUUAUGCCGCUUUUAGACUCACUCAUUUGCCGCUAUUUUUUACUCACGCUCGAUUAUUGCUGCCAUUUCACUCGUGUAUUUAUGCCGCUUUUAGACUCCUCUCAUUUGCCGCUAUUUUUUUACUCACGCUCAGUUAUUGCUGCCAUUUCACUCGUGUAUUUAUGCCGCUUUUUAGACUCACUCUCAUUUGCCGCUAUUUUUUACUCACGCUCAGUUAUUUGCUGCCAUUUUCACUCGUGUAUUUAUGCCGCUUUUAAACUCACUCUCAUUUGCCGCUAUUUUUUUACUCACGCUCAAUUAUUGCCAUUUCACUCGUGUAUUAUACCCGCUUUUGACUCCUCUCAUUUGCCCUAUUUUUUUUUACUCACGCUCGGUUAUUUACUGCCAUUUUCACUCGUGUGUUAUGCCGCUUAG